ACUGACUCUGUAGCUAGUAAAUAGAACUGCACUUUUUGUUUUGUGAAUUUUGUUUUGUAACAUACGUAAUUUAUUGUUUGUGUUUCCCUGUAAUCUUUACAUUCUUGUUUCUUCACUGAAAUCAAAUAAAUUUUAAGACAUCUGACGAGAUGGACACAGACGAGGCAGAGUCAUCAGGGAGUGGAGGACCGAUGUCCUCGCUGAAUAGUCUGUUCUCCUUCACUAGUCCUGCAGUGAAAAAACUGUUGGGCUGGAAACAAGGAGACGAGGAGGAGAAGUGGGCAGAAAAGGCAGUGGACGCUUUGGUCAAAAAGCUGAAAAAACAGAAGGGAGCGAUUGAGGACUUGGAGCGAGCCCUCAGCUGCCCGGGACAACCGAGCAAGUGUGUAACCAUCCCACGCAGUCUGGAUGGUCGGCUUCAGGUUUCCCACAGGAAGGGUCUCCCACACGUGAUAUAUUGCAGGGUGUGGAGGUGGCCUGAUCUACAGUCUCACCAUGAACUCAAGCCUUUGGAACUCUGUCAGUAUCCCUUCUCUGCCAAACAAAAGGAAGUCUGCAUCAACCCUUAUCAUUACAAGAGAGUUGAAAGCCCAGUGCUGCCGCCAGUCCUGGUACCUAGACAUAGUGAGUUUGCGCCGGGCCACUCCCUACUGCCGUUCCAACAGAUGCCAGAGCCUACGAUGCCUGCCAAUGUGUCGUACUCCACCAGUGGCUUUAGUGGUGGCCCCACCUCACCCCUUAGCAGUGUACCUUCCCCUGCCACGUCCAAUCCUCACAGUCCCUACAGCGCAAACGGUCUGUCAGAAUCACCUCCGCCUGCUUAUAGUCCACCAGAAGAGAGUCAGCAUGCGCCUUCGCCCCCUCUGAGCCGGGAUACAAUGGACACCACCAGCACAGAGGUCGCCCCAGUAUCCUAUCAGGAACCACUGUACUGGGCCAGUAUAGCGUACUACGAGCUGAACUGUCGAGUGGGGGAGGUGUUCCAUUGUCAAUGUCACAGUGUUAUUGUCGACGGAUUCACCAACCCCAGCAACAACCUCAACCGGUUCUGUCUCGGCCAGCUGAGCAACGUAAACCGCAACUCCACCAUUGAGAACACCAGGAGACAUAUUGGCAAAGGAGUGCACCUGUACUACGUGGGCGGGGAGGUGUAUGCAGAGUGUUUGUCAGACAGUGCCAUCUUUGUGCAGUCUCGCAACUGCAACCACCACCACGGCUUCCACCCCUCCACCGUGUGCAAGAUCCCUCCUGGUUGCUCGCUCAAGAUCUUCAACAACCAGGAGUUUGCUCAGUUGCUCUCCCAGUCAGUCAACCACGGAUUUGAGGCUGUUUAUGAGCUUACCAAGAUGUGCACAAUCAGGAUGUCGUUUGUGAAGGGUUGGGGUGCGGAGUACCAUCGGCAGGAUGUGACCAGCACUCCAUGUUGGAUAGAGGUUCACCUGCACGGACCCCUACAGUGGCUAGACAAGGUGCUUACACAGAUGGGCUCGCCUCACAACCCCAUCUCAUCAGUGUCAUAACCAAAGACGCCAUCAACAUGUUGCGUUCCAAGAUCUCAGACUUUACCUUGCCAGAGAGGGUAAACAACGACGGAGUGAAUGUUUAAGGUCAUUUUUGUCAUUUCUAAGUGUUCAGCUCAACAAGUGAACUGUUUCAAAAUCUGGGCCUGGAUUUGCUUAGUUUUGUAUCAGUCAAAUUGGUGAAGGAUCAUGUUAGGACAUUGCAAUUUUGCUCCUCCUUCGGUUACAAUGCUACACAGAUGUUAUCAUUUGACUCUUGAUACAACUAGAGUCGGGACCACAUAAGUUUGCAGUUGAGGGAGGAGCCUAUUUACCAUUUGGGUUUGAAUGAACCAAUGAGAACCGUGCGGUGUUGCCAAAUCUAAUAAUACCAGCUGAUUUGAAAAUAUUGCUUAGUAUAUUUUAUUAGUGCGAUGUGGCAACGUUGCACUAGCCUUGUCUUGUGAUUGGCUGCCACCAACUGCAAACUUACGUGGUCCCGACUCUAGACAUUCCAUCCCACCUUAAAGUUAGGACGUAAUUGAUUUGAGUCACGGACAGAGUGUGUGCUGGUAUAAAUUGCUGAUUUCUGACGAAUACGCUGACUUUUUACCAAGUCAACCUGAUAGGAAAACUUAUGGACACUAAAAUCUAGGCUGUCACAUCAAAUCUCUCAGAACCACCAAUUAAAUAAGAAAAUUGAAUAUUGUACUGUAGCACAUUCUGUGAGGGACUCUUUCAACUAUGUUUUUUAUAAAUAAAAGAUUGGCGACAUCGGGUCCAUAUAGAUGGGAUGGCUACUUCACUAUCCAAAGUCAAUGAUAUAAUCUGAUUUCCAUUGUGUGAAGCUAUUGCGAUAAGUUUGAAAAUAUAAAUCUCGCACACAUAUAUGUACUUUUGAAUCCUAAACGCUGUGCGCAAAAACUUCUUAUUCAUUCAGGAUUCUGAAUGCGAGCACAUCUUGCUUCGUCAAAAGUUGUUAUCAAAGAAACACAGCUGCAACUUGAUUUUAUUUUGCCGAAGCAUAAUUUUGGAAGCAAAUUUACAACUGAUAAUGCAGGAGCCUUUACACUUGAUCCAUUGUCGGUUUUGUAAGGGAAAUCUAUGAGCCUAAUUAAGGAGGUUUUUUAGAAAGGUAGUUCAGUAAGCUAACUUGAGAAAGAAUAGAGUUUAAAAGCUCAUAGGUUUACUAGAAAAGGUCACAAACUAAAUAUAAUUUCAGCAUGUGGUAGGACAUAUUCAGAAAGUAUGGUUAUGAGAAACUCUCUGAAGAUGUCCUCAAGGAAUAAAUAUUGUGGUUCGACCUUUUUUUGUGUAUCCAUACCCUGAACAAUUGGUUACCAAUUUUUAUUGUUUGGCAAAAACGCAAAACAAAAGAUGUUCAUCAAAGUAUGCAAGGUCCCAAAACUUAGUCUUGAUCACAGGUCCAGUGAGAAUUACUUUUAGAGCUCAUUUUAAUGAAAUUAAGGAAAACAGUGGUUGGGGAACUGUCAUGAAAGUUCAAUAACACAUUCAUAAGUCUACCUUCUAAAUAGUUUCAGAACAUAAAUUCAAAUUGUCUGUAAAUUUCACCAAAUUUAAAUGUAUAUUUUCCAAAGUUUGUUUGUCUAUUGUAUGUAUUGGACCUCUCCAGUCCGCGUCUACCAAUCAGGUGCAAUAUACUCCGCUUGACGGAGUUUGAGAUUUAUUUGUCUUAGUUUUGUUUCUUAACGUUAUCUAGAGGAGAUUGUAGUUAAAUGUGUAUUUAUGUAAUAUUUUAGCACUUGUGUUAAGUUCCUCUGUUGAAGUUUUCUGUUUUUAUUUUAUUUGUUGUAAAUUUGGAACAAACCUGCUCAUUCUUUAGAUUUAAGGUUGUCAACGAGUGUGUGCGAUAUUGUGAAUAAAAUGUCUCGUAAGUCUUGCCCUGGAAACUUAUCUUUGGUUAGAUACAUAUUUUAUUAUAUUGUUUUUAAAUAUUUUAGUGCUGUUGUUCAGUCGAGUAUUAGAUAGUUUUAUGUAGGAUGAGUUUUAUUUGAAUAAUUCAUAUUGUUUACGUCUCGUGUUGGAUUUAGUUUAAAGUUUUACGUGUUCAUUUGCUCUGGAAACUUCCAAGGUGAUCUCACAGACCUAAAAAUCAAACCAGUACAAAAGAAAUAUGUUAAAACAAAGAUUUAGAUCGAUAUUAGGAAUAUAUAUUGCAGCAAACAAAAGGAUAAAAGCUUAUUGAUUUGUUAAUAAUGUAGAUAAUGUUUUCUUGCUAAACUUUAAAAUUUACAUUGGAAGUAAAAACGAUAAUAAUUAAGCUAACUACAAAUAAACAUUAGUAAAGGGUUAUUUACUAUUACAAAAAUUGCAAACUUACAAUUAGGUCGACAAAAUAGUAUAAUAUUUGCAUGUAUGAAGUUUUUAUUAUACACUAAUGUUUACAUGAGAUUUUUUAUCAGCCAUACAAGUUUUACGAUUAUAUUUUUGAUACUUAAUAAUAAAUAUUAUUCACUUCAGUUUUGUCCUGCAUAAUGAAUGGCACAAAAAAGCAUGAAUAUUUUGAUAUUUUUUUUAUUUUGUUUCAAUCAAUGAUAAUGUUAGUUGUUAAGAGUUAUUAAAUAAUUUACUCCACAUAUCUGGUAACACGUGGCAUAAUCAUAAUUACUAGAAACUGUAAGUAAAUAUUGUUUAGUAAUAAUAUUAUUUUAAACAGACUUGUAAAAUACUACCCUUGAUGUGCAUGGUAAGGUAUUGCAUUUAUUUCUAUUGUUACAGAAUGUUAAAACAUCCAAAUAUUUUUUUUUUUAACUGUGUGUCAUUCGAGCAUGAAAUUGAAAUAUUUUUAUAUGUUAACUCUUGAAUUGUUUUUGUUUGCCUGUAUUUAAGGAUGAAAGAUUGGUUACCACUUUUCUUAAUGUUCAUUUUAUGUUGCUAGACACUUAACUUUAUAAUUAUUUUCAAUAACUUUAAGAAGUUUAUAAUCUAUACAAAUAAGAGAAAAGUGAGAAUUUAAGAAUAAUUUUUGUACAAAACCGAAAUUUAUAUAUACAAUCUGUAGAACUGGUUCUCAGCUGGUAUUUUAAGUUCUUUGUUGAUGUUACACAAUAUGUCGUAAUGAAUGUGAUUUGUAAUUGCUGUUUCAAUAUCUUUUUGUUAUGUACACAUUUAUUUGUCAGAAGUAUUGCAGCUGUUGUAUUAAAAUAGUUUAAAAUUCACAGAAAGUAUUGACAGAUUUUGACAGUCAUAAGUUGUAAUUAGGUCCACUUGUUUACUGCAAAAAGUAUUGAAAACUAUUUUUGAGAUUGAACCUGCAACUUGCGACAAGUUUGUGAGCUCAUCAACCACUCACCCAUCCAGCUCUAUUGCGAAUGAUGUGAAUAAACAACUGAUUCAUUACUAAACAAUUUAAAUUUUGUGGACCCCUAUUGUGCUAAUAGAUAACAAUACAUAUUUAUCUCUAUUCAGUAGUCGAUGGCGAUAUUGACUUAAAAUACCUGAUUGCUUAAAAGUUUGCUAUGAAGUUUUCACACAUCAACUUUAUCCGUCAAGGCGUAAUGCAGAACUUCGCUUAGAGAGAGCACAAAUUAAAAAGCAUAUAUGUUUUUAUGAUACUAAAACUAAAUGUAAUUGCCAAAAUAAAUCAGGACAUAUUUAAUAAUUUUUGUAAAUUUCUCAUACUUUCUGUGAAUUUUUAAUCAGAAAUGUUUCUAUGAACAACGCCUUUAUGGUAUGUGAAUUCAAUAUACAAUUGUCAAAAUAUCCACUGAGUCUAUACAAUUCUUGAAUCAUAGAACUUUUAUAUUUUUGUGACAACUAAUUUGACCUACCCUGGUUGUAUUGACAAUUGUAUACUAGAAUGAUGCUUAUACAAAUUAUCAGUAUGAUCUAACAGUUUGCCUUUGUUUUGUGCCUUUUGCGCUGGUACCCUUUGUUCCCCUGGGAGUGAAUUGAACCUUUUUAGAUACAUUGUUAAACAAAUUAUUUUAGUUUGUUGUUUACAAAUUUAAUAUACAAACCAAACACACUUUAAAUGGCAUUAAAUUUCACUUUUUGGUCAGGACCACAAGUUCGCCUGAGGCCCUAAAAUGGGGUAUUUUGUGAGCAGCAAACGUUUUAAAUAAAUCCCCAUUGAGUGAAAACUCAUGUUUAUUAAAGAAGAUUAUCAGUAGAAACUAGACAACAUUCUUGUGUUAUUCUUUGGAGGAUGAACAAACUGUUGUAGUUUGCUUGUUUCUGGAUGUAUUCUAAUACGAUUUUCCAAUCUGGCGAACUUAUUUAUUCUAUUCCAAACCAUUUUACUAUACCCUUUAGCAGCAAACCUAUAGUGCUUGUUAAACCUAAAGUGAUUUAAAUGGGGAAUAAAUCUGACUAUUUGUCUGCAGAUUUGCUGCAUAUAACUGAACAGUUUUAAAAGUAAAAUAUUUGUAACUACUGUAGUAUUUAUAUUGGUCCGGUUCACUCCCAGUGUUAGCUUGUGUAGCGUCCCGCUGGCCAUCAAUGUUCUGUGAUACAGAACCCAGAAGACAUCUUCACAAUGAUCUGAGUGUCAUGUCAUUCCAUUCCUGUGUCUCAUGCUCCAUUAUUAAAACGUGUGUU